AUGUCAUUCUUGGCAGUAAUGGCAUAUGAUCGAUAUGUUUCUAUCUGUAACCCUCUGAAAUAUGUCAGCCUUAUGACAAAAAUGAGACUAUCCCGUUUGGGAGGAGUAGAUACCUUAAAUUUUGUGGAACUCUUUGUGUCACUUGCAUGUCUUAUGCUUCCUCCUCUAUUUAAUCCACUAAUCUAUGGGAUUCGAACUCAAGCAAUAAGAAAAAAUAUACAAAAAGCAAUUAAAAAUAAGAUGUUUUGCCCCAAUGUCAUUAUUAAAAAGAAGUAA